CUACUCUCCCCGACCUCUCAACUUCACUCUCGCCCUGCGUUCGCCGCCGCAGCUGCCAAUCUGCCAUUGUCAGUCGCCUCCUCGGCUCGCUAUUUACUGCCAUCGCAGCUUACUCCUCCGCUGUUCCUGGAAGAGAAGUGAGGAGAGGGGUUUAUUAUGGCGGCAGCAGCUGGAGAUGUUGACAGAUUAAGCGAUCUACCGGACAACAUUCUGCAUCACAUUCUCUCCUUCCUCGACACCUUGUCCAUCGUCGAGACCAGCAUCCUGGCAAGGAGGUGGAGGUGUUUGUGGAAAGAUGUUCCCAUCCUAAACAUCUGGAGAAAGUACCGCAAUUCGUCAACGUUUUCUUUCAAGGAACACAUAAGCAAGCUUCUGUCUCUCCGAUCCCACCAUGUUGCUGUGGCAGAGGUGAACUUCGACUACUGUCGUUGGGGAGCGACAUUAUCAGAAAAAUUCGAAAUGUUUGAUAGUGUUAUGAAAUAUGCUGCCUCCCAAUCCCUUGGUAAUGGUGGUGGCAGUCAUCUUCAUCGUUUGUCAAUUGUCAGUCCUUCUACCAUUGACUUCACUGAUAUGGCUGCCUCCAUCGUUGCGAAUCAUCACCACGAUUCACUCAAGACGCUUAAGCUGACGAGGAUGAAUCUUGUAUUGGCACCAACUUCAGGAUUUAUGUCCCUGACAGCUCUGGAACUGUUUGACUGCUGCCUUGGUCCCAAUACUUUUGCUAACUUCCCUGGUUUGAAAUACUUAAAGCUACAGGGUUGCAUCUCGAGGAACUUGAAAGUGUCAGGAGUGGAGCUCGUGCACCUGGAAAUUCGAGAGGCACAUGGUUCAUCUAUCUGGUCUAUGGAAGUUUCUGCUCCAAAGCUCAGAUCUUUCUGUUUCCGUGGUACUGAUCCUCGUCGUAAAUGGUCGCCAGUGCUAAACCUUCCUGCCCUGGAUCACGCAAGCGUGCAUGUUCUUUGGUUUAACUCGACCAACGGUUUUGGCUAUACGAAAGAAGAAGCUGAUCGUGCAUGCCUAAAGCUAUUUAGUGGUUUGCAUAAUGCUGAAUCGCUCAUCCUCUGCUUCGACAACUACAAUAAGGAAGAUACGGACAAGAACUCUCCUCUUACCGAACUGAACUCAUCCUUAAAGGAGAAUGAAGUAUCUCCCUUCACAAGAUUGAAGACCUUGAGGGUGCAGUAUCGAAAAGGAUCACCGAAACAAACCAUACCUUACCGUGUGAUUCGCUACUUCUUGGAUGGCUCUCCUAAUUCAGUAGACAAGUCUUUUGCGAUGGAGAAGAUUGAGGAGAAGAUGUGAUUGAUCAAUCAUCUAACUCAACAGGUUGCUUUUAGGUUGGUAGAGACACUAGCCAGGAGUGAGGUAUCUUUUCUUAACAUCUCCAAUGUUUGUUGCCAUUACUUCAGUCCAUAUUUUGCUCAACAUAUGUAUCUGGUUAGCAUGACUUUUGCGGAC